CAACGUUGCUUCUUCACAAAAGAUGAGUAGAUGAAGUUUUUGAAGUGUUGAAGAACUGAGGAACUUUGCAACUUGCUAGUUGGAUGAGGGAUUAGAAAGUAUAUCUUCCAACUGUAGCCUUUUCUUGUUAAGAAUGAAGUUUGAAUCUCAAGAAGGCUUUGAGGUAUUUGAUUUAGAGUAGAAUGAUCUGAGCAAGUUCGUUUUGCAGAUGUUGUAGCAAAGUUAUUCUCGUAGUUCUUCAGAGUGUAUCUUAUAUACUGGGAGCAGUCUUCCCGUUGGAGUGUAGAAGACAGCUUCAUUAAAUGCUUGUACUGUUGACUUGACCGGUUGGACCUUCGACUUGCUAUUUUGGGGGCGUGAAGAUACUCGCAUGGUCAAUCAUCAACUUUAAAUAUCUCUUCGUAUGUACAACAUUAAAUGUGCAUUUAAUGUGUGUACAUUACCAUGUUUCCGUUGAGAGGUUCGUAACCGUUAGGGGAUUUCCCGUUAGUUUAACGACCGUUGGUAAGUGCUUUCGGAAUCUUUUAGCAGAGUCUUAUGAGGCUCUCUGGUUCAAUCUUUGAAGUCCGCCUCUGUUGCCAACUCUGGUACCAACACUGAUGACCAGUUUCUGAUGGCUUCUCUGGUGAGCAACUCUGGGAGCAACUCUGGUAGAAGCAAGGUGGAUCUCUGGCAGACAGACUAAGCUAAAACUUACAAAAGAAAUUCUAAUACAAAAUUUCUAAAGGGGUGCAAACAUGGACGCAGGGAAACUCUUCGCCCUGAAGAAGAAGGGCAUGGCCCAAUCUCAGAAGAAGGACCCUUCGGGCCAGCAGCCCGUUGAGACCUUUUUUCAGAAGGAGAUACUGGAGCCCUCUACUGUGGCUGCCGUUCGUGAUGUGGCCGGGGGAUGGGGGGACGAAGAAGAAGAAGGGCAGCAAGGGGGUAGAGCCCCCUGCCAAGAAGCAGAAAGGUCCCGGGGAUGUUGCCGAGAAGGCGGCCCCCUUAGUGAUCAUAGAGGAUCAUUCCUCUCCCGAGCCCCCGGUUGUCACCGUGGUGAUAGCUCAGACGGACCUUCCCCUGGGGAACUUUCCCCGGGAGACUCUGCAACUCUCCCUUGCUCGGGGAGCUUCCGUGAUGCACGACUCGGCCGAACCGAAGGCGUUCCUGAGGGGGAUCACUUCGGUGAUGGAUAAGGCGGCCCUCGCAACCUAUGACGACGAGGCCCUCGAGAGCAAGAUCUUCCGAUCUUCUCUAACUGCUUGCAUAUCCCUCGGAGAGCAUGCACGAAAGCUCGAGCAGUGGCGCCUCCACAAGGCGGAGCAGGAUGAGAAGAUGAAGGAGCUCAUCCUCAAGAACUCUGGCUCUGUGAAGCAGAUGGCUCAGCUGGAGGAGAACCUUCGGAAGGCCACCGAGGGGGCUGAGCAGAGGCUGAAGGCUGCCGUGGAGGAGGCCAAACUUGAAGCUUAGAGGGUCGAUGCCGAGGCCUCAAAGAAAGCUGCUGAGGAGGCGGAGUCUGCCAAGGCCGUAGCCAUUGCCAAAGCUCGAGAGGAUGCCGUCGCUGUGUUCAUGGCUGAGGGCUGGAAGACCGAGGAGCGGCAGCAGUGGGUGGCCUCGGUCGUCGAGUCUUCGGUGGAUAGCUGGGUGAAGGGCCCCGGGACUGAUUGGAUGGCGGAAAAGGGCGACAACUAUUAUCAAGGGGGUGAAUUCUUCACCCAGCAUCUGGUUUACCGGAGGCUCGCCAGACACUUCGGCGUUCCCCUCGAGCAGUUUGAUUCGGCAGUGUACGGCCUUCCCCCUUUUCAACCUGAUGUGAGAGUGCCCCUCCCCUCAGGCGAAGAGAGGCCGGUGAUUCAUGACUCCAUGAUGAUGGGUGGAGAUGAUGAUGCCAUCGGGGAAGAGGUCUCCUCCAAAGCCGCCGAAGGCGCCGAUGAUGAAGCUAUCAACCCAUGACUUGUACUUAGAUUUCUCUUGAGCAACAUUUGUAAUGUAAAAACAUUUUUUGGCUUUCGGCUUCGGCCAGUUUGUAACAAACAUCUUACUUUUCUUUGAUGAAUGAAUGUCUG